AUGUUCGACAUCAUCUACCCCGACCAUCGCUUUGCUUUUGAGCGCGAAUACCUAUCCAGUAUGUUCGUGACCAUUCUAAACUUCGAAAAGACUGAGCCAAAAGAUAGCAUCUUUGCGAUUCUGGGCUUACUGGACAAAGACAGAUCCCUAGAAAACAGUCAAGCGGCAUUACUUGAGGUUGACUAUGCAAAAUCGCUUUCUAGCGUAUUGCGCGAUGCUACACGGUAUGCCUUGUGUCAAGGAGGUAGUCUGCACCCUUUUAACAUGAUCGAUCACGACUUCGAUGUGUUGGACGAUCCCCAAUCGUUUCCGACAUGGGCCAUUCGCGCAGACCUGCGACGAGAAGCUUGGGACGCUCUGUCUAUACCUAAUCAUUUCAAUGCUAGUGGUGGUCUCGAGGCGCCAUCUUUACUUAAUGAUGUUCCUCUUGGCGAAGAAGUGCUGCUUCUCCAAGGAAUAGUGGUUGAUGAAGUAUAUCAAACGACCGCCUCGUGCCUAAGAGGUACCUGGGACAGCUACGAAGAGUUUCACGAGUGGCUGAUCUCUGUCAUGGGUACAGUUUUGCGCCACUGCAACGUCGCAAGUCGGGAAGAGCUCUAUCUAGCCACGGCUUUUACUCUUGCGGCCGAAGAAACCUGGAAUAGACGACGCGCACAGUCGAGUGAUGAUGUACAGGGCCUUUUAGAUUAUCUCAAGAGCUUGACCCCGGACGAUAAAGAUGAAGCCUCAGAUGGCGACAGGAUCACGAAAGGUUUUGACUCGGGAAAGAUGAUGUCGGCGCGCGACGCUUCUUUCGUGGAUUAUUGUAUGAACCGCCGUUUCUUCGUUACCGGGGCUGGGCGCGUGGGUAUAGGACCUCGUUGCAUGCAACCCGGAGAUGUCAUUGUAGUCCUAAGAGGAGGAAGAAAGCCUUUCAUCCUGCGAAAGAAAAGCGACGGCUAUUGGCUGCUUGGUGAGGCCUAUGUGCAUGGCAUCAUGGACGGCGAGGCGGUGCAGUUGCACGAGGCUCAGGGCGGAUCAGAGGAGGUGUUUCGUGUGCGAUGA